GGUUAGCUCCGGCGCCAGCUCGGGACAGUCCCCGCGCGGGCCCAGCGCCCCUGGCGCAGCCGGAGAGGGCCUCGGUGUACACCUCGGUGCGCGAGGCUAGCUUCCUCCGACCGUGUGCGCGAACACUUGUCAGAGCUGUAAUUGACAAGUGUUUUCCAAUAUGGCUGGUCUCGCCCGGAUUUAACCCAACUUCCUUGUGUAGGGAGGAGACCCCAAACUAUCACUUUUCUCGACUGGAAAGAAAGGCAUAAGCAGUACUAUAAUGGAUGUAGACAGCACAAUUUCCAGUGGGCGUUCAACUCCAGCCAUGAUGAAUGGACAAGGAAGCACUACUUCUUCAAGCAAAAAUAUUGCCUAUAAUUGUUGUUGGGACCAGUGCCAGGCUUGCUUCAACUCUAGCCCAGAUCUGGCAGAUCACAUCCGUUCCAUACAUGUAGAUGGUCAGCGAGGAGGGGUUUUCGUUUGCUUGUGGAAAGGCUGUAAAGUGUACAACACUCCCUCGACCAGUCAGAGCUGGUUACAGAGGCACAUGCUGACGCACAGCGGAGACAAGCCUUUCAAGUGCGUCGUUGGUGGCUGCAACGCCAGCUUUGCGUCUCAGGGAGGGCUGGCUCGCCAUGUACCCACGCACUUCAGUCAGCAGAACUCCUCGAAGGUUUCGAGCCAGCCAAAGGCCAAAGAAGAAUCUCCUUCUAAAGCUGGAAUGAACAAGAGGAGGAAGUUAAAGAAUAAAAGACGACGUUCAUUACCACGACCACAUGACUUCUUCGAUGCACAGACACUGGAUGCGAUAAGACAUCGAGCCAUAUGCUUUAACCUCUCAGCGCAUAUAGAAAGUUUAGGGAAGGGACACAGUGUUGUUUUUCAUAGUACUGUAAUAGCUAAGAGAAAAGAGGAUUCUGGAAAGAUAAAACUUUUGCUUCAUUGGAUGCCUGAAGACAUUCUGCCAGAUGUAUGGGUGAAUGAGAGUGAACGACAUCAGUUAAAAACUAAAGUAGUUCAUUUAUCAAAGCUACCCAAAGAUACUGCCUUGCUUUUGGACCCAAACAUAUACAGAACAAUGCCGCAGAAGAGGUUGAAGAGAACUCUGAUAAGAAAAGUGUUCAAUUUGUAUUUAAGCAAACAGUGAACGGCAUUUGCAAUCAACUAAAAAUUCAUCUAUCAAAUUAGGGCUGAAAGUCUGUUAAAGAGUGUUGCAGUGUCUGGUGGCUCCCUUUUCAGGACUAGGGCUUUCUCAUGGGGUACAGUAUGUUAAUCAUCUGUAGAACUCAUUUGCUAACGGUUUUUGAAAAACCUCUUUCAAAUUUGAAUAAUCUUUGUAUUUUCAUUUAGCCUAUAUGACUCUAAUUUUUUUCCAAGGAAAGCAUUUGGUUUUUGAAUUGUUUUUUCUUAAUGUAAGAAGAAUUGUAUUUUUUUUAAAAUAUCUUCAAACUGAAUCCUUUAUGCACCAAAGUUGGUUUUGAAAAGGAAAAUAAAAUCACUUUCUUGCUUGGUGAGCAAGAAGCCAUAUGGAAUUUUUUUUAACUUUCAGAAAUGGAAAUUUGUGUAACUUGUUAGUAUUGUAUCAAACAAAUGUUCCAUAGAGAUAAUAGAACAUUGCCUGUAAAUACUUCAGCAGAUUUGUAAUAUAUUUUUAUAUUAUGAAAUGUACUGUAGAUGUUUUUCUAGAGGCAUGAAAGUUAAAAUGUAUAUAUUAUGGUAGAAAUAAUAUUGAAGGAUAUUGUAAUUCACUAGUGCUGCCAGAGGAACUGUUAAUAAAGCACCUUCUUUAACAAUAAAUGUCUUUUGCAGACCUAAGGGACUGUGUACUACUGUUAAUAUCUAUAAGGACAAAACAUAUUGAACACCCUUCCAGAAAGUCCUCGAGGGAGGACCUACACCCAUAAUAGAAUUAUGGCACUCAUUUCUGACAGUGACCGUGAAGUCAGUUUUUUCCUUACUGUUGGAAGGACAUAUUGUAAAGUAUGUGGUUUAUUUGCAGUCAAACUGCACAAAAUACUCCUGAUUGAGGAGUUUUCACUUUACUACAGUGAUAUAAAACCAGCAGUUUUUACGCUAAAUUUUUUAAAUAGACAAAAAUAUAGAAUUAAACUUUGGUUCCAAAAUGGGAAAGAUUCCAUGAGACUUUAUUCGUAAACAAUGGGGUAAAGAGCUAUAUACACGAAAUGAGUCAUAAAAUUUAGUGAAGUGCAAAUAAAAGCAUUGCUACUAUAAGGCAUUCUGGAAUGGUUGUUUAAUAAGGGUAUUAUCCAUAUGAUCUGUAGCAAAUGUGAUUUUAUUUUUUAAAAGAAAAAAGCAGCGUGCUUUAUAUUUUUGUUUUCUUUUGCUUAAGCACUUCUUCAAUUGCUUUAUUCUGUAUCUGCGAAGUAAUCUGCAAUCUCCUUUGUUCUUUUUAAAUUUUGAUUUGUUAUAAAAUUGCCAAAUAGAAGUGUUUCAGAUAUAUAGUUUGUACCUGUAUUUUUAUUUUAUUGCUUCAUGUUCU